UCGCAGUCUGGGUGUUCAGUUCCACCGCACCAUGUUUCAUGGUCACUCAUCAUUGUCAGACAUGAGUUCAUAAUAGCUUGUAACAUUCACCAGCCUGGCAGUGUCAUUGUUGCUACUACCUGUUCCCAGACUUCCUUUUAUGGCUGGGUGUUGGGGCAUGAUAUUUCAUUACUGUUUGCAAACAGUUGUGAAAGUGUGAUGAAUUAAAAUAAUUGAACUCUAUGAGAGAGAAUUGUCGGAAUUGCUAGUGUUCUGUCAUUCCCUGGGACUGAAAUGUCUUGAUGUAAGCUUAUAUAGAGAAAGCAAACUCAAAAUAAGGCAAAAUGUGUGAGUAACCUUUCAAAAUAAGCUGCAAAUAAGAUAAGGAACUUGGCCAGCAAACAAGGCAAAUGAAAGGAAUUGAAGAAAUGAAAGGUGCAUGCAUGCUUGACCUCAUAGGAUCCGAGGGGGGAAGUAUUGAAACUUUAUAGUGUCGCUGACACUCAACACUGUUGAAACGGAAAAAUAAAUUAGAUUAUAACUGAAAAAAACACGAGAUGCCCAAAUUACUAAAUCGCCCAUAAGAAUAUCUUGUUUAUUUCUAAGGGGUUCACGGCCUGCCUAUGUUUAAGGAAGCGUUUACCAAUUAAGGAAUUGCCAAGGGAAAAGUUAAGAUUACUUGUUCAAGGUUCUUAACCAAUCGUAACAGAAUUUAUAACACCACUGAGUUUGAGUCACAAGCAAGAACAUGAAUUUGCGUUAGUGUCGAUCAGCAAGAAAGUUCCGCCGCGUUAUGUGUGUGGGUCUAUUCUUACAGUGUGAUACGAUUAACACCUCUACGUGUCAACCUCUACUCUCAAGUGUUUGUCAAGGGAAAAUUUGAAAAAUGGGCUUCUGUUAAAUAGGUUCUCCUACGUCUAGAAAACUGACACAGCGCUUUUCCCUUAGUGUAAUGCCUACCUAAGAGAAUAGGAUAUUUGAAUUGAGUACAACUUACCUACAAAUCAUUAUUUCCACGCAAACGAUGGCUACUGUGGAAUUCAGCGAAGAAGAAACGACGACAUUUCGUAAAAACACACGCCUUCAAAACAGCAUGUUUUUGAAUAAAUAAUCGUUCUUUUCCUCAAUCAAACGAUAUGACGAGGAAGACGACAAAAUUUUGUUUCUCACGGCCAAAUCAAACUUAAGAAAUAUCCCGCCGAUUACGAAAUAUAACCAUUUUACUUACUGAGAGAACGAUUAUGUCGCAUUCAAAUUUGAUUUUGCCGCUCAGCCCGCUUUUUUACCGGAUGUGACGUCACUUUUUGGUGGAUGAUCCAAACACAAAAAAAGUGCCAGGCGUCGCAGAGUGUUCUCCCCCGCCCCUGCAUAUAGUUGAUAUGCUUCUGCCGACGCUUCACACAAAAAAAUAACUCUUGCACGCCUAGCGUGCCUAUGUUUACUAUCUGUAGAAGGUUUACGAUAUUAGUGGGCCAAAAUGUUACCUUUAGCUUGUGGUUUGAUGAUCACAUCUAACGCUGCCAGGACAAGCUUUGGCCACCCAUGCCCUUCAGCCUUAGGGGCUGGCAGCCAGUCAGCCAGACAAAAGUAAGCCAGCACUGGCUUCAAGAUGUAAUUUUACCUCACAUUUAUAGCCUUUGACAACAAUAAUCAUUGGAACUAAUUUGUAAUCUCAAGAUGAUGGUCUCUGAUGAGGAGAAGAGAUGGCUUGUUGUUGGGAUUGCCAUGAACAAAGUAGCAGCUCCAGUAUUGAGAAAUUUUAUCAAACAAGGAAUGGACACUCAUUAUACAAACCUGGAUAUCUACUGCAGUGGUCUGGCCACACCCUGUACCUUAAAGACACUGACUUACUGUCAGGUCAGUAGUGAUCCAUGCUUUAAACACUUGAAAUUCCAGAAUGUCAACAACAAUCUUCAGCUGCAUGGCAAGCAUAAAAGACUCUACAAUUACAACAUCAACAGUUCAGUAGACUUGGCCAAGUUGUUUGUGCCAGAUUAUCUUGCUGAGUUUUCAGGCUUUGACAAGUCACUGGACAUGAGUGCCAUCCUUCGCCUGUUGGGAUUUAACAAGCCUGCACCGAUUUUCUACUCCCCAAACCCACUGAUGUCUAUUCAGAAUUCAGCUGAUGAUGUCAGAGAAAAUGUCAGGAACAAAUGGGGUCAUUGUAAUGUUACUGACUGGACUGAAGUCCUCUUCAAUGAUUGUUUUUCCAAGCUGGAGACCUUGGUGAGAAGUCUGGGACUGACUGGUGGUAUCGAGAAGACCAGUUUAGAUCUGCUGUCAGAUUGGCUAACUAAAGGUUGUCAGCUGUGUAUGGGUCAUGCUGUGGAUCAAAAUCUUCUUUCCCUUGUGCAACAAGAUGUCAAAGAACUCAUUAAGAGCUACAAGAAAACUGAAGCAGAACAAUCAGCCAUUCAAGAAUCACUGGCUCAGCAAAGAAAAGAGCAAGCUCAAAUACAAAACACUGUGACUUCCAUCCAAGGUGAGCAAUCGUCAACAAGAGUUCAAUUGCGGAAACAAAGUGAGCUGUUGAAAGCAAUGCUAGAGUGGAAAGAACAACAGAUGAAAGAGAAGCAAGAAAUAAUGGAAAAGCUUGUGUCCCUGGAGAAAACGCUCAGUGACGAAUUAUUGAUUCGAGUUGACAGAUUGGAAAAGGGACUAGCUAAAGCAGAUGGCAAAGUUGAACAACUGGAGGAGGGAUUUGCCAGGACCGAUGACAAAUUUGAACAACUGGAGGAGGGAUUUGCCAGGACCGAUGACAGAGUGGAACAACUGCAGCAAGGGUUUGCCAAAGUAGAAAACGACGUUUUUGAGACAGGAAAGAAAAUCAAACAACUGGAAGAAGAAGUCACAAGUCAGAGAAUGGAGAACAAUCCAGGAUCUAAAACAAUUCUGCCAAGAUCAAAUCUUCCUGCAAAGGUUCCCCACUUCAUUGGCCGACAGGAAGAAUGUGACGAAAUUGUUGGUCACGUGACCUCCGAAUCAACCCGACUCGUCUCCGUCUGGGGUCCGCCAGGGUUCGGAAAAACGUCCAUCGCAAUCGCAGUUGGACAUCGUCUUCAAGCAUGUGAGCCGCCCGUGUACUUUCUCUCAUUACGUGAACUGAAGUCAAAAAGCGACUUAACGUCAAAAUUUCUUGGUCUGUUCCGACAGACCGUGACACUAGGAACUGAAAAGUUGCAGAGUUUAUCAACUGAUGACGAGCUUUGCCUAAUUUUUGACAGACUUUCGGAUCGCUGUGUUGUAAUCCUGGAUAAUGCUGAUGACCUCUUUGAAUGUGGCGUUCCAGACGUGAAGGAGGAGGUUAUGAAUUUGAUUGGAGAAAUUCUCAGUCGCAGUAAUAAGAUCAAGUUUCUUUUAACCACAAGGGAGUCUUUGUCCUUUUUGAAUUUACAUUUUCGAGGACACGUGUCUGUCAGAAUAAAAGAGCUAGACAAGUUUUCUUCUCAAACCCUAGCUCGGGAAUUGCUCCCAGAAGUGAGCCCUUAUCACUUGACAAAAGUUUCGCAAAUCUGUGGGCAGGUUCCCUUGGCCAUAAAAUUAAUGUGCUCAUCCAUUCCUGACGAUUUAGCUCGAGCAAGUCAGUGCAUUGAUGAAUUCCUGGAGUGUACAGAAAACAUCGUAGAAAUGUUGGACAACCCAGAUUAUCCGAGCCACUUGAGAUUGAAGUCUCUCUUCGAGUCCUCCUUCCAGAGACUAUCUACACAAGACCAAGAGGCACUAGUAUUGUUGUGUAUUCUUCCAGAUCAUUUUGAUUUUAAGAUUGCCGCAGCCGUUUUGGGGAUAACCAGAGCAAUCGAAGUAGAGAGGCUAUUGCAAAGACUUCAGAGGAAAUCCCUUCUUGACUGUUCAAAUUCUGGUAAAUUCACUAUGCAUAAACUAAUUCAGUCGUUUUCUAGAGAAAAGGGAGAAAAUGAGAUGAAAGAAACAGUUCUCAUCUCAAAAUCUCGCUUCUAUGCAUUUUACAUUGGCUUAUUCGAGAAACUCAAUGAGAAUUUCCUUUCUGGGCGUUCCAUGUCAGCAUUCAUGGAGUUCUUUGAAGACGAAAAUAACAUUGUUCAAAGUCUGAUUGAGGGCUGUUGCGAUUCAAAGACGGCCGACAGAGUUUUUGAUGUUUUGACGAAAGCAGAGCUCUUUGUGGACUCGCUUUAUUGGACCGGGCCGCCUCAUAGAAUUUUCGCUUCAGCAAUAAUGGCGGCCAAACAGUCUGGGAAAACUGUUUUCUACAGGCGCCUACUCAUUUCCUAUGCGUUUAACUGCGUAACUUGGGGCUCAGGUGGAAACACAAAAAAGUUGCUUUCUGAAUCCAAGGAGCUUCAAUUGUCUGCUUCUUCCGACAGUGAUGGAGAGAUAGGAAAAUACUUGUGCUACUUUGGAAUCCAUGAAUGUGUUAUCGGGAAGACGAAGUCUGGAGUGGAGGCUUUGGAAGAAGCCCUUUUUUCCUUAGGGACCAGUCCGGAACAUCGAAUUUUAUUGCUUAUUGUCUCCCAAAUUCUAGCUAUUUAUUAUCAGUGCAAGAAUGACCCCAUGAACUCUUCCCAGUUCUACAACAAAGCACUGAAGGAAUGCAGAGAUGUGGGGGACAUGGGAUUAGUAGUGAUUCCCACGACAACAAUCAUGGUAACAAACGAAGGUGUUGAACGUAACACACCGACAACAAAGGCCAAUCCUUUGGUAAACGAGCCUCUUCAGUGUCAUGUUAUCAUGCUUGUACGCGAAGCGGUACGAAAGUUCUUGACCACAGACACCAAGCGAGCUUUUGGCAACUUAUUGCUGAAAAUAAUAAAGGAAUCCGUGUCUGAACUCCGAACGGUCACACCUGGUUGGCUCAAAUUUCAUGGCAACGCUGUUAAUUUGCUUCAGGGCUUUGGCAAAUACGAGGACGCUAUAACGCUUACGAACAAAAUGGCGAGCGUACAUGAAAAAGCACUGCAACAAACCAUGAAAAAGAAAGGAAAUGUCGGAGAAAGUCCAGAAAAGCACGAGGAGGCAAUGGCGCGGGCCUAUUCGGACCAAGGUGAAAUUCAUCACCGGAACGGCAACUACGCGGAAGCUCUAACGUCAUACCAACGUGCACUUAAUACCCGACGAAGACUGUUUGGUGAAGAACAUUCAAAGACCGCCGACAGCUAUCGAGAUGUAGGGCUUACCCAUCAGUCACUGGGGGAUUACACCUCCGCUCUUCAGUCACACAAACGUGCGCUUGAUAUCCGAUUAAAACUGUUUGGCAAAGUACAUCCAAAGACCGCUGACAGCUACCGUUCAGUAGGGCUUACUCAACAUUCACUGGGGGAAUACACCUCCGCUCUUGAGUCACACAAGUGUGAACUUGAUAUCAGAAUUCAAUUGUUUGGUGAAGAAGAUUCGAGGACUGCUAACAGCUACCAUUCAGUGGGGGUCGCUCAACAUUCACUAGGGGAUGACACCUCCGCUCUGCAGUCACACACACGUGCACUUGAUAUAAGAAUUAAACUGUUUGAUGAAUUGAGGACCGCUGACAGUCACCAUGAAAUAGGGGUCGCACAGUAUUCACUGGGGAAUUACGCCUCCGCUUUCGAGUCACACAAGCGUGCAUUUGAGAUCCGAUAUCAGAAUUAAAAUGUUUGGUGAAAAACAUUCAAAGACUGCUGACAGCUACUCUAAAGUAGGACUUGCACAACACGCACUGGAGGAAUACACCUCCGCUCUUGAGUCAGAAACCAACCGUGUAAAAACCUUUUUCUCUGUUUGUAAAUCGCCCAGCAGAGUAGUUUUCCAGUAUAUUUAGGUUUUCUAAAAUUUUGGGACUUUUUUGUAACAUUCCACUGAUUUACAAUUUAUUUGGAAGUAGUUUUAGCUUUCAAGAAUUGAAUUUCCAGAAAGCAUAUUUUGUGCCCAAAUGAGAUAUUGCAUUCUUCGCUGCUGUAAAUAUUUGUGGAGAUAUUAGAUAAAACAUGCUCUUUUAAUCUCCUCAA